CGAUAAAAUUUUUUCCCCUCUCCAGCCAGACCUCACUCCACGGAGGCUCCCCUUCCCGACGUUGGUGAGCUCGCCGUCGCCACGUCUCCCAUACCAGAUCAUGUCGCCGUCGCCGCCCCUUCUCCCAUCUCAUCCACUCACCUCCACCACUUCGUUGACCUCUCCUUCCCACUCAUGUGCAGAUCUGAAGCAGAGAAAAGUUCAAGGAGAGUAGGAGCGGAUCGGAAGCAGGGCAGCUGAAGCAGCGCAUUCAAGUAGAAGCAGAUUCAGGACCAGUCCGUGCGGCCGGAGAAGAUGUAUUUAAAGUAUUACCUGGACCAUUGCCAUUACAUGUGGAAAAGAAGAAUGCUUGCUGGUAUUCUGGUGUGUCUAGCAGUCUAUUGGUAUAGGAUCAAUACAAGGAAAAGAAAAAGAAUAACAUAUGCUCCCAUGGUUGAUAGGGAUGUUGAGAGAUUGAGACGUCUAAAUCGCUUGUACAAUGGAAAUGAUGCCCACUGCAUAAGUGAGCUGCGUAUGAGCAAAGUUGUCUUUCAUAAGUUGUGUGCUGAACUUAGAUCACGUGCCCUGCUAGAAGAGACAUGCCAUGUCACAAUAGAGGAACAAGUCGCCAUGUUUAUGCAUGCAGUGGGUUUAAACUGGACAUUCAGAUCAAUUGCUUUUGAGUUCAUGAGAUCAAGUGAGACUAUUAGUAGGUAUUUCCAUCUUGUUUUAGACGCUCUCUGUAUCCUUGCCGGUGACCUCAUAUGCAUCAAAUCAGUUGAGACACACUCGAAGAUCACAACUUCCCCUGGCAGAUUUCACCCGUAUUUUGAGGGAUGCAUAGGAGCCCUGGAUGGUACACAUAUACCAGCGUGUGUACCUAUCCACAUGCAAGAUCGGUUUAGGGGUAGAAAGUCCUUUACCAGCCAAAAUGUGCUAGCAGCAGUCGAUUUUGACCUAAGAUUCAUCUAUGUUCUUGCUGGAUGGGAGGGCUCUGCCCAUGAUUCUUAUGUGCUUCAAGAUGCUCUAUCACGCCCUAAUGGGCUAAAAAUACCUGAAGGUAAAUAUUUCCUAGCCGACGCUGGAUAUGCAGCAAGACCUGGUGUAUUACCCCCAUUCCGUUCUACUCGCUAUCACCUUAAAGAGUACAGGGGCACUAGGGAACCAGAGAACCCAAAGGAAUUAUUCAACCUUCGCCAUUCACAACUCAGAACAACUGUUGAACGUGCAUUUGGUACCCUGAAGAACCGUUUCAAAAUAUUUGCAAGCCAGCCAUUCUUCCCUUUGAAAACACAAGUGAAAAUUGUGAUGGCAUGUUGUGCGCUGCACAACUGGAUUUUAGAAGAUGGACCUGAUGAGUACGUGUAUGAUGACCUUGCGUGGUAUGCAGCCCUGCCAAGGAGUAUAAGAAACCGUAGUGACCAGUACCAGGAGAAUGUGGCAUGGGCAAACAAAAGAGAAGAAAUGGCAAGAACGAUGUGGGAAGAUAAAGUAGGACCACCUCUGUGAUGAUUUCUUGUUUGUAUGCAACACAUGCAUG